UAUCUUGAGCUGAAUCAGGUUAUUGAUCGUAAUGUUGGCGAUUUGUCUGGAGGGGAGCUUCAAAGGUUUGCAAUUGCUGUUGUUGCCAUACAGAAUGCUGAGAUUUUUAUGUUUGAUGAGCCCUCAAGUUAUCUUGAUGUCAAACAAAGGCUUAAAGCUGCUCAAGUUAUCAGAUCUUUGCUUAGACCUAACAGCUACGUGAUUGUUGUGGAGCACGAUUUGAGUGUGCUUGAUUACCUAUCAGACUUCAUUUGCUGUCUCUAUAGGAAGCCUGGUGCAUAUGGUGUUGUGACACUACCCUUCUCUGUCAGAGAAGGAAUUAAUAUCUUUUUGGAAGGGUAUGUGCCCACAGAAAACCUUCGUUUUCGUGACGAAUCUCUUACAUUUAAAGUAGCUGAAACACCACAGGAGAGUGCUGAAGAAAUUGAAACAUAUGCACGCUAUAAAUACCCAACUAUGUCUAAAACACAAGGUGGUUUCAAACUUAAAGUGGUUGAGGGUGAGUUCACGGACUUUCAGAUCAUAGUAAUGCUUGGUGAAAAUGGAACAGGAAAGACCACGUUUAUUCGUAUGUUGGCUGGUAUACUUAAGCCUGAUACCAUAGAAGGCUCUGAGACGGAGAUACCUGAGUUUAAUGUCUCAUACAAACCUCAAAAGAUCAGUCCCAAGUUCCCUAAUUCAGUCAGGCGUUUGUUACAUCAAAAGAUUCGUGACUCGUAUAUGCACCCUCAGUUUGUUUCUGAUGUCAUGAAGCCUCUUCAAAUCGAGCAGUUAAUGGAUCAAGAAGUCGUCAAUAUUCUUUCUGGUGGUGAAUUGCAAAGAGUUGCUUUGUGCUUGUGUCUUGGCAAGCCUGCGGAUAUUUACCUGAUAGAUGAACCAAGUGCAUACCUUGAUUCUGAGCAGCGUAUUGUUGCUUCCAAAGUUAUAAAGAGAUUUAUACUACACGCUAAAAAGACUGCAUUUGUGGUUGAACACGAUUUUAUAAUGGCAACUUAUCUAGCAGAUCGGGUGAUUGUUUAUGAAGGGACACUGGGUGGGGGUAUGGAGCCUGCGGCGGGGAAGCGUAAAGGGAGGAAAAGGAAGAGGAAGGACGGGGAAGAUGUGGAUAAACCGGAGAAAACGGCGAGAAAAACGGUUCUAGCCAUUAGGUCGGUUGUGCUUAUCGAGCGGUAUGUGAAGAAGACGUUUGAGUGUGGUGAGUUUCUUGGGAAGAUUAUUUCGUAUGAUACUGGAUUGUAUAGGGUUGUUUACGAAGAUGGGGAUUUUGAGGAUUUGGAAACACAUGAAGCGAAAGCGCUUCUUGUCGGGGACGAUGAAAUGGAUGUUGCUUUUCGUAAACGGAAGAAGUCUCUUGAUCAGUAUGUAUUGAAAAAGUAUGGUAAGAACGAGUCAGUUCGACGGGAUGCUAUUUCCAAGAAGGUUGAAAAUGUUGGGAAUGAUUAUGCUGUUGAAUCAACAGAGGAUGAUAAGGAUGAAACUGUGAGUAAUGAUAAUGAUGCCAAUGCUGAUAAGGUUGAAAGUUUUGCUGUUGGUGCGGAUCGGGUUGAGGUGGACAGUGAAUCAUCCAGCGACUUAAGUGAUUACGAGCUGUCUGUUGAUGUGGUGGAGGUUGAACGUCCUUGGGUCCCACCGCCACAGUUGCCGCCUUCUUCUGGAAAUCUCGGGGUUCCCGAGGAGGAUGUGUCACACCUUCUAUCUGUAUAUAGCUUUCUGCGGUCGUUUAGCGUUUGUUUGUUCUUAAGUCCUUUUGGACUUGAUGAGUUUGUUGGUGCUCUUAAUAGUUCUGUUCAUAAUACAUUGUUGGAUGCCAUUCAUGUUUCCCUUAUUCGCGCUUUGAAGAGUCAUGUGGAAACUCUCUCUUCAGAAGGGUCUGAGCUUGCAUCAAAAUGCCUCAGAUUAAUGGAUUGGAGCUUGCUUGAUUCAUUAACUUGGCCAGUGCUCACAGUACAGUGUCUAACGACUAUGAGAUACACAGAAGGGCAAGAAUGGAAAGAAUUUUAUGUUAACGUGUGGGAAAAAGAUUAUUACACUCUCUCUGCAGGUAGAAAGUUAGCCAUUCUGCAGUUGUUGUGCGACAAUGCAUCAAAUUCUGCAGAAAUAAGGACAGACAUAGACAAUCGAGAGGAAACCGAAAUCGACCCAGAUUCAGAUGGAGUUGUUACUGUCUCAAUCGAUGAAAGUAUCCCUAAAAAAGGUCGCACAUCUAAGAAUUCUUUAUCAAAGGAUGUGGUGGCUCUGUUUUAUUACUUUGUGUUCAUUCAUUCAUUCAUGUUAUAUUACAUUAAUGUACGUAACCCGUCCAACGGACGGGUAUUAAACUAG